GUAUCAACUACUAAUUCCCCUCAACGAUAGUGUCUCCCGUUAUUCCCUUAAUGAGAAUCGUUCCACAUUUUAUUAUUCCAAAGAAUUGUUUACCAAAAUAUUAAUAUGCAAAUCCAGCAUUUUUAUAAAAUAAAUUUCCAAAGAAUAAAUAUUCAUUAAUACUUUAUUUGUAAGAAUUGUUUAUUAAAAUAUUGAUAUGCAAUUCAACAUUUUAUUCCAGACAAAUUUCCAAAGAAUUGUUUACUUAAAUAUUAAUAUUAGCCUAAAACUGUAUUUUCUUUUCUGCUGCAUUUCCGACAACGAAAAUGCAGCAAUAAACAGAAUUUUAGUAUAUAAGCCAGUGAAAAAUAAAGAAAGCAAGUUAUAAUUUCAAACCACACCAAACGUCUUUUUUUUAGUCAAAGUUUUUUCCGCAAAUAAAAGUGGCGCAGUCGGUAGGAUACCGCAAAGUCCUAUCCAACGUAUAAAAAUAAUAAAACAGAUUUUAUUGUGCGCGAUAGAACUAGGAUUUUAAUCCUUAGUGCGGUAUUCGAAAUAUCCUUUAUAAGAUUAAAGGAUACACAAAUUUUAUGAAGGAAAAAAAUAAAAAGGAUAUUAAGAAAUAUCCCUGUGACUAAAAAAAUAUUAGUGGAACCAGAAAGGAUAUAAAGAUCUAUCCUUUUGGUGAACAUCCUUGUGUCAGAAGGAAACCUAGUGAAAAAAAAAAAAAAAAAAAAGGAUAUUAAGAAAUAUCCCUGUGACUAAAAAAAAUAUUAGUGGAACCAGAAAGGAUAUAAAGAUCUAUCCUUUUGGUGAACAUCCUUGUGUCAGAAGGAAACCUAGUGAAAAAAAAAAAGGAUAUUCCUUCAGUGGAUUAUAAACUUCAAAAAAAACAACAACCAUAAUAUAAAGACUGAUUAAAACUAUAUUAAACAAAAAACAAGAAACCAAUACAACAACAAAACAAAAUAAAAUUUAAAAUACGGGUCUAAUACAAGCAAACAACAACAAGGAGAAGUAAUAAAACAACAGCAACUAUUGGAGCAAUAUUGUAAAGAAAUAACAUUACCAACAAACCAAUAAGGAACAGUUCAUGCCGAGAACUGCACCGUGGAAGACCCUACUACUAAGAAGAAAGUAAACCUGCAAUCCUUAGCACCAACAACCAAAUUACAAAAUGAUUAACUGGAUCAUAAUAAUGGUUGCAUUUACUACAGCAACCAAGGCCCAAACCCUCGACAUACAAGACUUAUCGAACAAUAAUGGUUACAUACCGAUAAAAACAGGAGAGACCAAUACCGUAGAACACUACAUAAAAGUACUGCACAUAAUAAACACUACAGAAUUCGAACGAACUAUGGAGAUAAUUAAAACCAACAUUGACACCCUAAAGACAUCCAGUAGCGAAUCAAAAACAUUAAUCAGUACAAUAAACAAGAACUUUAUGCUACUAAAAGCGAAAAUAGAAAAUCUUAACCCACAUUUUAGAAAGAAACGGGCACUCUUAAACAUUAUAGGAAAAGGCUUAAAAAUGAUUGCAGGUACAAUGGACAGCGAUGAUGAAGAACAAAUAACUGAAGCUCUCAAAUCUCUACAUUCGAACGAAGAAAACUUAACUAACAAAAUGAACAAACUAACUUAUAUAAACAAUGUCAUGAACUCCCAAAUCCAGAACAUAACUAACCAUAUAAACUAUCAGCAAAACAUUAUCGGGGACUACUUAGUCAAAUUCAAGAAUAUUAUAGGGAAUAAAAUUUCAACGAUAGAGGACGAGAUAACAUUUAUAGAACACAUAUACCAGAUUAACAACGACAUCUCACUCCUACGGCAUCACGUAGACGACAUAGGACAGAUUAUUUUCUCCGGGAAACUGGGAAUAAUUCCCACAGAUAUUCUCACCCAAACAGAACUCGAUUUAAUCACAAGCUUUGACAGCUAUACCAAUAUAAAAGUAGCCAUAGCACGUAAUGAAGGGAACGUUAUAAUAAUUCUCUCUAUACCACAAUAUUCCCAAGAUUCACUAUCCAAGGUAACAUUCGUACCCAUUCCUGACAAAAAUAAUAAAUCCAUAAUGGUUAAUCAUUCUGAUGUUCUUAUAGAUUUAGAAAGAAAUAUUUAUAGCACGUAUAUUAAAGAUAACCUAAAAAGAAAUCUUAUAAAAAUUAAUGAUAAUUGUUUGAACAAUAUACUAAACUUUGAAGAAGCUAAUUGCAAAACGCAAACAUUAAAUACACAAGAAAUUAGCGAAAUAAUUCCAGGAGUAUUAAUCCUUAAACACUUUAACAGUACGAUAUCACAUAUGUAA